AUGGUGGUUUCCAGAACUCCCCCGGCCCAGGGUGGGGGCUGUCUCAGGAUCUUAACCCCCCUGCUGCUUCUGGCUUCUGCAGCCUCCUUCCAUGCUGCCGAGAUACCUGCACCCCCAGCCUGUGGGAAGCCCCAGCAGCUGAACCGGAUCGUGGGUGGUGAGGACAGCACCGAUGCCGAGUGGCCCUGGGUCGUGAGCAUCCAGAAGAAUGGGACCCACCACUGUGCGGGCUCCCUGCUCACCAGCCGCUGGGUGGUCACCGCUGCCCACUGCUUCAAGGGCACUCUGAACAAGCCAUCCCAGUUCUCUGUGCUGCUGGGGGCCUGGCAGCUGGGGAACCCUGGCCCGAGGUCCCAGGAGGUGGGUAUCGCCUGGGUGCAGUCCCACCCCAUGUACUCCUGGGAAGAGGGCUCCCGUGCGGACAUCGCCCUGGUGCGCCUUGAGCACUCCAUCCACUUCUCUGAGCGAAUCCUGCCCAUCUGCCUGCCUGAUGCCUCCGUCCGUCUCUCUCCCAACACGCGCUGCUGGAUUGCAGGCUGGGGGAGCAUCCAUGAUGGAGUGCCCCUGCCCCAUCCCCAGACCCUGCAGAAGCUGGAGGUUCCCAUCAUCGACUCAGAAGUCUGCAGCCGCCUGUACUGGCGGGGAGCGGGGCAGGGGGCCAUCACCGAGGAUAUGCUAUGUGCUGGCUACCUGGAGGGGCAGCGAGAUGCCUGUCUGGGUGACUCCGGGGGCCCCCUCAUGUGCCAGGUCGAGGGCACCUGGCUGCUGGCGGGCAUCAUCAGCUGGGGCGAGGGCUGUGCGGAGCGUGACCGGCCCGGCGUCUACAUCAGCCUGGCUGCCCACCGCUCCUGGGUGUUGCGGAUCGUGCAGGGAGUGCAGCUCCGCGGGCACUCGCAGGGGAGCUGGCCCGCUCGGGGCGCCGGGCCGUCCCGGGGCCGCGCGCGUUAG